AUGGCAACAUUCACCAAGAUCGCGGAGGAUGCCCGCCCCAGCAUCUCAGUCAACCCCGCCAACCCCAUUGCCCGCAUUGAGGACAACACCUACGGCGGCUUCACCGAGCACAUGGGACGAUGCAUCUACGGUGGCAUCUAUGACCCUGGCAACCCGCUCUCCGACGAGAACGGCUUCCGCAAGGAUGUCGUCGAGGCUGUCAAGGAGCUGAACUGCCCUGUCAUGCGCUACCCCGGUGGCAACUUUUGCGCUACCUAUCACUGGAUUGACGGUGUUGGUCCCAGGGAGAAGCGCCCUAAGAGACCUGAGCUGGCUUGGAUCGGCGUUGAGACCAAUGAAUUCGGAACAGACGAGUUCAUGAAGUGGUGUGAGGUCGUUGGCGCGGAGCCCUACUUGGCACUCAACUUUGGUACCGGCACGCUUGAUGAGGCUCUCGCGUGGCUCGAGUACUGCAACUCUGACAGAGACACCUACUACGCUAACCUCCGUCGUCAAAAUGGACGUGAGAAGCCUUACAACGUCAAGUACUGGGCCCUGGGCAACGAGAUGUGGGGUCCCUGGCAGGUCGGCCAAAUGACCAAGGAGGAUUACGCCAAGCAGGCUUACCAAUGGGCCAAGGCCAUGAAGCUCCUCGAUCCCUCCAUCGAGCUGAUUCUCUGCGGUGAGACCGGCUUCAGCAGCUGGGACACCUAUGUCAUCAAGGAGUGCAUCAAGUGGAGCCAACACGGCCUCGGUGGCAGCACUACCGCCUCCCUGAUCGACAUGCACAGCAUUCACCUUUACACUGCGUCGAACGACCACCUCAAGAACGCCACUGGACUGACCGCAACGCAAGCUCCCCGUGCCGCCGAGCGCGCCAUUGAGAUUACUGGCGGCCUGAUCGACCUGGCUCGUAUUGAGAACCAGGUGCCCCCCACGUGUAAGAGACCCAAGAUCUGCUUCGAUGAGUGGAACGUGUGGGACCCUAUCCGCGCCCCUGGUGAGGAGGGUGGUGAGGAAUCAUACACCCUCUCUGACGCUCUUGCCGUCGGUGUCUGGCUCAACGUGUUUGUCCGCCAGGCCAAGAACAUCGGCAUGGCCAACAUUGCCCAAUCCGUCAACGUUAUUUCCCCCCUGAUGACCACCAAGGAGGGCAUCACUAAGCAGACCACCUGGUGGCCUCUGCUGCUCUUCAGCAAGUACAUGAGGGGCCAGACCAUCGCGACCAACGUCCGCUCCCCUGAGUACGAGGGACCUACCGAGCCCAACUGGAUCAGAAACACCAUCGAGACUCCUUACCUCGAUGUCAGCGCCACCCUCGACGACAACGGCUACGUCAACCUGGCUGUUGUCAACGUCCACGAGACCAAGAACUUCCCCGUUGACCUGAGCGGCAUCGCCUCCGGCGCCGAGGUCGACGUCUACACCGUCACCAGCGACAACGUCCAGGACGUCAACACCGCCGAGAAGAACCCUGUUGGCAUCGUCGAGAGCAAGUGGGACGGCAAGGGCCCCUACGAGUUCGUCAAGGCCUCCAUUACGCUGCUGAGAUGGAAGGCGUAA